AUUACAACUUACAACUACAAGUGAAUCGAGUUCCAAACAUUGAAAUCUGAAUGUGAAGGAGCAAGGAGGGAUGUGUCAAAAAACCGGAAAUUGGGUUAUUCCCACUUUACGGUACCGCAAGUCACCGACCUUUUGUCUUUGAACGUGUCAUCGAACACAGGAGAGAAACGCGGGGAAGGCUCAUAGUUUUCGGUUCUCCUCGUUCUCUUCAUUCUCUUGCUCUCUUUUGUAUUCUGAGGAUGUAUUUCUGAUAUCACUUGCAGAGAACUUAGAGAGAGAGAGAGAGAGAUGGGGAACUGGUUGAACAAAGAAGCACCUCCACCAGUGGUUUUGGUACCACCUAUGUUUGAUUUCCCUCCUUUGGCUGCACGUACCAGGAUGUUGGAGUCUUCAUAUGACCUGUUAUUUGGAAAGCUUGCUUUGAAGUGCCUUUUUGAGGAUUACUUUGAAGCAGCAAAGCAUUUUAGCACAAGAAUCAUGCUAAAGCCAAUUGAUGACCCUAAUGUAGACCUCGUUGCAAUGGUGUCAUGUCCACUUGAUCAUAAGCCUGAGGAGAAAAUUGCAGGGAAUGCAUUGUUUCGUUGGCAGAGGGAGAUUGAUGAUCCCCAUACAUUUGUGGAUCUCUUUGUUUCAAAUUCUGAACGGAUUUUGCGUCUGAGAUCAUGUGCUUAUUAUCCUAAAUAUGGCUUUGGUGCAUUUGGUAUUUUCCCUGUGCUAAUGAGGAAAAGGAUAUGUUCUGAAGAUUUUGGUAUUAUGGGCUUGAGAUUUGGCUCAGGAAAUUUAUCAAUUGGAGCCACAUUUGUGCCUUAUUCUUUGCCAGGAGAUAAGUUCCCUAGAACGGCAUGGCUGGUAAGUCGUAUGGGAAGGCUAACUGCAGGGUUUCAAUACAAGCCACAAUCUGGAAGCAAAAGUGAUGCAAGCUUCAACAACUUAAUGAAUUGGAGUUGUGCGAUUGGCUAUGGAUUAGGCUCAUCUAGCCCUUUGAGUCCAUCAUUCAACUUCGGUCUUGAAUUCGCUAAAAGUUCACAGCUGAUUGCUUCAUUCUAUCAGCAUGCUGUGGUUCAAAGACGGGUGAAGAAUCCGUUUGAAGAAAAUGAAGUAGUUGGAAUUACAAACUAUAUUGACUUUGGAUUUGAACUAGAGACAAGAAUUGAUGGAGAAGAAUCUUCACACAGCACUUCUGAAUCCACUUUUCAAGUAGCUGUGUCUUGGCAAGCCAAUAAGAAUUUCUUGUUGAAGGGAAAGUUGGGUCCUCUGAGCUCGUCUGUAGCUUUAGCAUUCAAAUCAUGGUGGAAACCUUCUUUCACAUUCAGCAUUUCAGCUGUUAGAGAUCGUACUGUUGGGAAAACAUCAUUUGGGUUUGGACUUCGUAUCGAGGACCUUAGACAAGCCAGCUACCAAAGAGCUGAUCCAAAUUAUGUAAUGCUGACACCAAACAAGGAGCAUCUGGCAGAAGGCAUCGUUUGGAAAACUGGGAACAGACCAGUGCUACAAUCGGAUGUAGAUUCUAGGAAUUUUGACAGCUUACCGAGGGAAUUGAGACCCAUUGGAAAAAUUUUAUAAAUUUCCGUUUUUUUUUUUUCUAAGUUUUUGUUUGGUCUUUUCCAAGCUGGCUGUGGACUUGCGAACUUUUACAAGUGGUAACAACAAUCUUAGGAAGUCAGAAACAUUACGCCUUUUCCAUCUCCUCGGAUGGGACAUACAGCUGACUGAGGAUGAAUCGUGUUACAGUUUUACCAAGUUUCUGGAAAAAAAUGAAAUUGAUGAAUGGUUUCACCAGUCUAAAGAAUCUUUUAGCCCUGUACUUAACACUUCACAGGAACCGAUUGUAAUUUAUAUUGUUAUGUAAAUUACACAUACAUCCACUAUUGCAAAUAA